AUGUCGACGAGUACUCACCUGAACCGUCCGAUCUUGACGAUCCUUCUCCUCCUCUUCGUCAUUUUCUUUCUCACAACCUCCACUACCGCUUCUGCAACCUCCGAAGGAAACCGAACGACGACGACAUCGAGAAACUUCAGUUACAGAACCCACCGAUUCGUCCCGAUGAUUCACCACCCGUAUUACGUGUCUCCUCACCGUUCUUGCGACUCCUUCACUCGUCCGUACGCACGUUCUAUGUGCCUUGAGCUUCAAAGAAUCCACCGUAGCAGCCGGAAGCAGCCGCUUUUUUCUCCUCCUCCUCCUCCUCCUUCGGAGAUUGAUCCAAGGUACGGCGUCGAUAAAAGACUCGUCCCUUCUGGUCCAAAUCCGCUUCACAACUAAUACCCUAGCUAUUCCCCAAUUUCAAUUUCUAUACAUAAAUACGUAGACACAUGGACCUAGGGUUUCCUCUUGGUUGCAUAUUUUAUACACGUGACAUGCACAUUUCUUGGCGUUUCUUGAACUUGUUCGAGAGAUUUGUGGUUUUUCAUAGAGUUUAUUUUUCCUGAAGAUGGAGCUAGGCUCGUCAUUUCUUCUCUGCGGAUCUUUCUUGAAGCUUGAUUCUGUUUUCUUGAUCUUGUAAUGGACUCCUAAGUUAUAUUGUUGCUAUU